CAAAUUUUGGUCCAUUAUUGCCCUAUGAACCAAAUUCAUUAUGGCGCUUUACACCAUUUAUGCCCAAUGCAGCAUUUUUUACUAUGCUUUUGUACAUAAGUUAUUAUGUACUUUUGGAACCUGUUGCCGGGGUCCUUUGUGCGCCGUUCCUCCUCUACAUGGUAUAUGAUGCGACAAAUUUUGCCGCAACCUAUCCAAAUCACAAUACUUUAGCUAUAAUUGUAUUUGUUACUUCCUUGGUUAUGCAAAUUAUUGGUCAUGUAAUUGUCGAGAAAUGUGGUCCUGCGGCAAGAGAGAAUAUCUUAAAAGCAAUUCUUCUUGCACCUUUAUUUGCUUGGAUGGAAGUUCUUUUCUCUUUAGGAUAUCGGCUAACACUACAAAAAAGGAUAUUCACACAAAUCGAAGCACGGAGUAGACAAUUGG